GUUUCCAGGUCAGCUCAGACAUGGAGAGAGCAGCAGAGAGACAAAGAGCAGACAGGGAGGUGGUGGUGGAGGACAAAGGCUCGGUGGAGAGGCAGUGGGGGGAGGCAGAGGUGCUGGCUCUCAUGUCAGUGUGGGACGAGGUGGGCGCUCAGCACGUAGCCGAGAGCAGGAGCACGUUUGAGCUGAUCUCAGAGCGUCUGAGGAGGCUCAGCAUUGUGCGCAGCUGGUGGGAGUGUCAGGCCCAGUGCAGGAGCCUCGGGCUCCAGAGCAGGAAGUGUGACGCAGCAGCAGCAGCAGCAGCAAAAUACAGCCCAGAAGAAGAAGAAGACAGGCUGGAGGAGAGCUGGGAGGAAGAGGAAGAUGAGGGGACUCAGAAAGGGAUCUAUCCUUCCUCAGUCCCUGUCCCAAUGCAGGAAGGUCUAAGGACUCAGAUCCACAGACCCCUUCCCUACACCUCGAGCGUCUCUGAAGAGGGCGGCCGCCACUGGACCGACGACGAGGUCCGAGCUCUGCUGUGCGUCUGGGCCGACCGCCGGAUCCGAGAGCGCCUGAAGAGCACGCUGCGCAACAAAUGCAUCUUCCAGGAGAUGGCGUAUCAGAUGCAGAGGAACUUUGGCGUGGUGCGGAACUGGAAACAAUGUCGGACUAAAUACAAAAACCUGAAGUACGACUACAAGACGGCAAAGAGCGCCCACGCUGCGGCGGGCAGCGGGUCAGGAGGACCGGGGAAAUACAUGAAGUUCUUUGAGGAGGUGGACGCCAUCCUGAUGGACCGCGGGCUGGAGGAUGGGACGGUGGAGAUGCAGAGGAGGCUGUUUGAUGGAGAGGUGGUGGCUCAGAGAAUGCAGACUCCGGGAUCAGAGAGCGAGGUCGUCAUUGAAAUAGAUGAUGACAGUAACGACGGGGAAAUGAAUGGAGACGUGGAGGCAAAGUGGAAAAGAACAGACGCUCAUCUAACUGUCACAGAUCCACCCGAUCAGUUCCACGUGGUCACGGUGCCGGACACAGGUCGGAACUGGAGCGAGCAGGAGGUCCGGGCUCUGGUCCAGAUUUGGUCGGACGAGCGAGUGUGCAGGCAGCUGGAGAGCUCGACGAGGAAGAGAGACAUCUUCGUCCAGAUCUCCAACAGGCUGAUGCAGGAGGGCAUCGACCGCGACUGGAAGCAGUGCCACACCAAGUACAAAAACCUCAAGUACCUCUACCGCUCGCUGCAGAGAGGGAUGACCGAGGAGACGGACCCGAGGCGGAUUAUGAGGUUCUACAACGAGGUGGACGCGAUCAUGAACCGCACAAGGAAUGGUUCUCCAAAUGACACAGGUGCUGCUCAGAACAGAGACUCAGGCAGACUCUCCAUGUCUGAGGACUGUGAGGACAAGGAUCACACAGACGCCACUUUGACCAAGAUGGAGGACCGGACCUGUAGCUCGGAUUCUGUGUCCUCUGUGAGCCUCGACAUUCCUGCAAACAAAGAACCGAGGAUCCACGUAGUCCAGGAGGCGCGCUCAGAUCUUCAACACAGAUUCAUGAGCUCGUUGUUUAGCAGAGCGGAGAGAGAGGAGAAGAUCUUCUCACCCAACAGAAGGAAGAGGAAAUUCACAGAUCAAGACUCGACCCUCCUGACAGCGGUGAAAAAGCUGCACACACACGCCGGAUCUGCUGAUAACACGAGGGUCCAAUGUAAAGAGGAGGAGGAUCACAUCCCCAUAAUAAAGAUCAAUUCAGUGCGGUCAAUGGCCUCCCCUGACCCGUCUCCUGACGCUUCGCCUGACAGACAGGUAACAUCUGCUAAUCCUCAAACAUGCAUGUUUCUCUACCUGAGCUUAAUCUAACAUCAGAACAUCAGACACACAGGAUGUUACUGUGAGCUGCCAAUUAAUCAAUCAGCUGAUCAAUAAAAGGAGCAAAGAUCUUCCAUGUAAUAUAUGUAGACUGUUAGUUAAAUGAAAUAAGUUGUUUUUAAGCUGUGAAGAUUUAUAACAAGCAUUUUUGUAUUUUUCAUGCAAUCAAAUUUUCAAUAUGAUUCAUUGAUUCAAACUGAUUAUUGAUCUGUGCUGAAAAAACAACUUUAUUGGAACCUUUUUGAAGAUCUUCAGAUAUUCAACGCACAUUUUUCAAGCUUGAGCUCCAGCUGAUCGAGUCUUUUAUCAUGAAUUAUAAUUUUCUCAGUUAAUUGAUUUGUUUCUGGAUAAACAAAAUGAUCAAUUGAUUAAAUCUGCAUAUUGAUCUGUUCUAAAAAUUUACUGUUAUUGUGACCUUCUUAUUGUUUAAGUUUUUUGGUUUAUUUUAGUUUAGUUUAUUUAUUAUUCAUCCUGUCGUACACCUCUGAGUGAAUCUAUGACUCAGGUUUCGUCCCUGAGCUCCAACUAAUGAUUCAUUUUGUCAUUGACUACCAUUUUCUCCACUAACUGAUUACUUAUUUGGUUGAUAAAGUAUUUCUUAACGUUAAAUAAUAUCCUUGAGUUAUUCCUAGAUAGCAAAGAUCAUGUGGCCUGGAUGUAACCCAAAACCUCUAGGCUAGUUCUGUAACCCUGACCAAGGCUGCUGUCCUCUGGUACUGGUCCCUGUUUUCCCCUCUAGAGAACUUUGAAGUAAUUUGGUACAGAUGUGGGCCAGUCCUGGUUAAGUUCCAUGCUAGAUCCAACCCAGAGUCUAAAGCGGUUCAGGGCUGGAUUGGCCCAGUCCAUUAGUUUUGUCUGAUCUUGAUCUGUUCCUUAAUCUUAAACUAUAAUAUGGAUUUUCAACAUUUCUGGAAUUAUCUUUAAAUACUUCCUACAUGAUUUACAUUGUAAAUUAGCAAAAGGAAAAAAUAUUAAACACCUUAUUUUAUCAUGAAACUUAGUUACUAAGACCAAUACAUUAUGGUAAUAAUGACAAAUAAUCAAAUUUAAUUUGUCUUCAACCCGUGAAUAUUUUACAUAUUCUAAAUCUUUUUUUUGUUUGUUUUUAAAUUUAAUUAUUUUUGCAUUAUGAAGCUGAAAUUUGAAGAAAUUUGUCCACAUUUCUCAUUAGCAAAAAACUAAAAAUAAUCGAUUAUUCGAUUAACCAGCAAUUAAUUUGUUAGUCUACCAUUAAUCGAUUGAUUGUUUGUCUCGCUAUUUGCAGAGUUAAGACACAAGAGCCUGAAAAACAACGUGGCCUCGAGUCACAACAAAUUCCUUAGUGCGACACUCGUGCAAACAAACACUUGUGGCUUUGUUUUCCUAAAAAAUGCAUCAAUUCAACAAGAAUAUUGUCCUUCAGUGCACCAGCGAGACAAGUUGAGGAUCAUGUCGGGAGUAAAAAGUUCCUCCAUCACUCAGAGAUGUUAUUUUUUUACUUUUGCAUAAUCAAAGUUGGUUGCAUGUUUGGCUCCUCAUAUGCUUCUAUUCAAACCUGUCAUUAGAGUGCACACCUGUCCUUCACUCACCUGUGCUGCAACGCCACCAGACCCAGAGACAACACCUGGGCCACCUCCAGCUGCGUGGGCCACUCUCCGGCCGCCACACACCCGAACACCCCGCACUCCUCCCCGAUACCGGACUCCUCGAACUCCAUCCCUGCGCGGUCUGUCCCGGUCUAUGAUCCCAGUGCUCCUGGACCAGGUUGUCGUGGCGUGCGUGAUUAACCGAGCACGUGUGGACUGAGUUUACUUCGCGAUCCAACGUGGCUCCUCAAAACCGGAUCAACUCAGCUGACAUGGCCUGAAAAGCAAACUAGUGUCAGGAAACAAGCAUCACCGGGAGAAACAACAGGCCUCCAUUCCUGAUGUCACUUAGAUUAAUCGAAACGUGUUUAAUCGAACAUGUUAACUGAUGAGACGCACGUGGUACUCCUCGAGGAAGUCAACAACAAUUAAUAAUCGAAAAUAGUUUAAACUAAAGCGCAGAAAUGUUCCCCUAGUGUGGUCAGGAGUCUCCUCAGAGAGGAAACGGGGUCACUUUGUGGAUAAACUCCUAAAACUUUUCCGUCUAGCAAAUAUUUUGUGCUUGAGCAUCUCCCCCUCACGUGGUCGGAACGCGCUGCUGUGAUUGGCUGCCUCACAAAGAAAACCGUCGUGAUUGGCUGUCAGAGCACGUAGGACAGACCCCACUUCCCUCUUCUGCUGCCUGCACGCCUCCUGCUGCCUCUUCAUCCUCAAACUCUCCAAAGUUUUGUCUUUCAGAGCUGCGGGUCGGUAAAUAACUUCACCAUGGACUCCACAACAGAGUUUAAGGUCGGGCAAAAGCUGAAUGAGGGGAAGACGAAGCAGAUUUUCGAGCUUGUGGACCAGCCCGGACUGGUUCUGGUCCAGUCAAAAGACCAGAUCACCGCCGGGAAUGCAGUGAGGAAAGACCAAAUGGAGGGAAAGGCUGCCAUCGCCAAUAAAACGACGAGCUGCAUGUUCAAGCUGCUGCAGGACUCGGGCAUUAAGACGGCCUUCGUGAAGCAGCACUCGGACACGGCGUUCAUCGCGGCUCACUGCGAGAUGAUCCCCAUCGAGUGGGUCUGCCGCAGAGUCGCCACUGGAUCGUUCUUGAAGAGGAACCCGGGAGUUAAAGAGGGCUACCGCUUCUCCCCUCUGAAGAUGGAGAUGUUCUUUAAGGACGAUGCCAACAACGACCCCCAGUGGUCGGAGGAGCAGGUGCUGGAGGCGAAGUUCUCUCCGGCCGGACUCUCCAUCAGUCAGUGCGAGGUGGACAUCAUGAACCGCAGCACGGUCGCCAUCUUUGAGAUCCUGGAGAAGGCCUGGGCCACUCAGAACUGCACGCUGGUGGAUAUGAAGAUCGAGUUUGGCGUGAAUGUGAAGACUCAGGAGAUCGUUCUCGCUGAUGUGAUCGACAACGACUCCUGGAGGCUUUGGCCGGCUGGAGACCGAAGCCAGCAGAAGGAUAAGCAGGUGUACCGUGACCUUAAAGAAGUCACUCCUGAGGCCAUGCAGAUGGUGAAGAGGAACUUUGAGUGGGUCUCUGAGAGGGUCAAGCUGCUGCUGGAGCCAGAGGCUAACGGCAGGGUGGUAGUCCUGAUGGGGUCCACCUCAGACUUGGCUCACUGCGAGAAGAUCAGGAAGGCCUGCACGACGUUCGGGAUCCCCUGCAUCCUCAGAGUCACCUCGGCUCACAAAGGACCGGACGAGACGCUCCGCAUCAAAGCUCAGUAUGAAGGUGACGGCGUGCCCACUGUGUUUGUGGCUGUAGCUGGCCGGAGCAACGGCCUCGGCCCAGUGAUGUCCGGAAACACAGCAUAUCCUGUUAUCAACUGUCCUCCUCUCACUCCAGACUGGGGGGCUCAAGAUGUCUGGUCCUCUCUCCGCAUGCCAAGUGGUCUCGGCUGCUCCACCAUCCUCUCCCCAGAGGCGGCGGCUCAGUUCGCGGCUCAGAUCUUCGGGCUGACCAAUCACAUGGUGUGGUGCAAACUUCGGGCCUCUAUGCUGAACACCUGGGUGUCCCUGAAGCUGGCCGACAAGAAGCUCCAGGCCUGCAGCAUCUAAAGCAAUCCUACCUGUGCUCUGUUAGAGCGCCACCUGUCUCUGUCCCACUAACGAUGUCCUUUCUCACCUCAAUCAUUCCAUUAAGAAGAAAAUUAAAAGCUUCUUUAUUAAACUC